AUGUUGUCCCGUGAAACUACCUCCUUUUCACUCUCCACAAUCAUCAAAUCAUUAUUACACAAACAUUUUAGUAUAAUCAGGAAAGCAUCAUCGUACAAUAUUCUUGUUCCGACGCAUUGUCAGCAGCAACGCCACUGCUUUUCUUCUCCAGGAUUAUUGCGAAAGGUUCAAGAAAUGGUCAGCAAUGAUGAUGUUGUUGAACCCACUACCCGGAUUCUAUUCUGUGGGCCUUAUUUUCCUGCUUCUCAUAACUAUACAAGAGAGUAUUUGCAAAGCCAUCCAUUCAUACAGGUUGACGAUGUCGCUUUCGAUAAUAUCCCUGAUGUUAUUGGAAAUUAUGAUAUUUGCAUAAUAAAAAAUAUGCAAUUAAAUUCAGAUCUCAUCUCCCGUGCAAAACGGAUGAAGCUUAUCAUGCAGUAUGGAGUUGGCAUAGAAGGUGUUGAUAUAAAUGCUGCGACGCAGCAUGGAAUCAAAGUUGCCAGAAUCCCAAGUGAUGUGACAGGCAAUGCAACUUCAUGUGCUGAAAUGACAAUAUAUCUGAUGUUGGGUCUCCUCCGUAAGCAAUAUGAUAUGCAAAUUGCCGUAAAGCAGAAAUCUCUCGGAGAGCCAAUUGGUGACACGCUGCUGGGAAAAACGGUAUUUAUUAUGGGAUUUGGAAAUAUUGGGAUUCAUUUAGCAAAGCGUUUGCGUCCAUUUGGUGUGCAAAUACUUGCUACCAAAAGGAGUUGGGCCCUACCAAUGCAGAACUCACGUGAAGUCGAGGACAUUGGAAAUGGUACCUAUGAUGAUCUGGUCGAUGAGAAAGGUGGUCAUGAAGAUAUUCUAAAGUUUGCAAGCCGUGCAGACAUAGUGGUCUGUUGCUUGGCGUUGAACAGUGUAACGGCUGGCAUUGUGAAUAAGAACUUCAUAUCUUCAAUGAAAAAGGGUGCUAUUCUCAUAAAUGUAGCUCGAGGUGGUCUCUUAGGCUAUGAUGCAGUUCUUCAUCAUCUCAAAUCCGGCCACUUGGGAGGAUUAGGGAUUGACGUUGCAUGGACUGAGCCAUUUGAUCCGGAAGAUGCUAUUCUCAAGUUUCCAAAUGUUAUAAUCACACCCCAUGUUGCAGGAGUAACAGAAUUUUCCUACAGACAAAUGGCAAAGGUUGUUGGAGAUGUUGCCCUUCAACUUCAUGUAGGAAAUUCGUUGACAGGGAUUGAAAUCGUUAAUUGA